AAGUAUUUCUAUAUAUAUAUAUAGGCUAUAUGAAGAAAAAUGACCUGUGUAAUCCUAGUAUAUAUAUAUAUAUAUUAUAUAUAUAUAGCCUAAAAAUUUACAUGCAACGUUGGCCUCAUAUGUAAAACCGCCUUACAAAUUUUCUAUGUCCUUCAUUCAAUUCCAUCUUAAAAAUCUCAAAUCUCUUCAUUUCAUCUCAAUUUUCAGUCCCAACAAAAAAAAAAAUGAAAAUGAACUUCCUCCAAUCAUUUUCCCUCCUACUCCUCUCUCUAAUUUUCGCCACAACAAAUAACAUCAUUCAUGGUUUUCACGACGACGGCGAAAUUGUAAGGUUCGAGUUGAUCCACCGAAACUCUCCCAAACUUUGUGGCCACGAUGGCCACAAUGUCUUCUUGGGAGAAAAACCGAAAACCCAAAUGGAAAACCUAAAGCAGUUUCACCAACGAGAUGUUUCCAGGAGGGCCAUCCUUCUGGAAACAUCGUCAUCAUCAGUGAAACUGCCUAUAAAUUCAGGGUCGGAUUAUGGAACUGGAGAGUACUUUGUUCACGUGACGAUCGGGACACCGGGGCAGAGAUUCGUGUUGGUUGCGGAUACGGGGAGUGAAUUGACAUGGAUGAAUUGUAGAUAUAAAAAUUAUGAGCCUAAAAAGAAGGGUAAAGAGCCCAUAUUUAAGGCUGAUGAGUCUUCUACGUUUAGAACUGUGUCUUGUUCUUCUCGUAUGUGUAAGAUUGAUCUUGCUGAUCUCUUUUCUCUUGCCAAGUGUCCUACUCCUUCCACUCCAUGUGGCUAUGAUUACAGGUACCUACAAGGUUCUGCAGCAUUGGGCUUCUUUGGCAAUGAAACUAUAUCAGUAGACCUCACCAAUGGCAAGAAGAAAACAUUGAACAAUGUCCUAAUUGGCUGUACUCAAACGAUUAAGGAUGAGCAAGGCAUUUUCAAAGGAGCUCAUGGUGUACUUGGCUUAGGCAAUGGGAAGCACACAUUCACAUCAAAAGCAGCUCAAGAUUUCGGUUCCAAGUUCUCGUAUUGCUUGGUCGAUCACUUGAGCUCCCAAAACUUGACAAACUACAUAGUGUUCGGUUCCACCAGGCCUAAAACCGCGCUCUCGAGCCGUGUGCAGCGUACCCCUCUUGUUUUGGGAGGCGCUCUCGGUCCACUCUAUGGCGUGAAUAUUGUGGGAAUCUCAGUUGGGGGUCAAGUGGUAAACAUACCACCGGCUGUUUGGGAUGUCAACCGUGGAGGUGGAACGGUUCUUGAUUCGGGAACAAGCUUAACGUUUCUAGCAGAACCAGCUUACAAACCCGUGACAGCUGCAUUCAGCAAGUACAUGUCGAAAUUGCAAAGAUUGCCUGACGAUGGAGGACCAUUCGAGUUCUGUUACAACUCAACUAGGUUUCAAGACUCUUUGGUGCCGUCGCUAAAAAUCAAGCUUGCAAAUGGUGCUGUGUUUGAACCCCCGAUGAAGAGCUAUAUCCUCGAUGUUGCACCAGAGACUAGGUGUCUUGGAUUUGUUUCGGCUAGUUGGCCAGGCACAUCUAUCAUCGGCAACAUCAUGCAGCAAAACCACUUGUGGGAAUUCGAUCUAGGGAAAAGUCUCUUAAGCUUUGCACCCUCUACUUGUACUUGAUUAAUUCUUACACAUACACAUACUAUUGUGUGUUACAAAACCCCAAGAUACUUUCAUGAUCGUAUAUUCCACUGUGGGAUUGCUAAGAUUUCAAUACUAUUAACUAAAAUUAUUGCUACUAAAA